AUGGACGCCAUGACAGAGGAAGCGACGAGCGCUAUGUGCAGGUUCGGUGACCCUGAUAACCUUGUCUACAUUCAUCGUAUGUUAGCCUUUUUCGCCGGUGUUCCAACGUUUCUGCUAGGUGUUCCAGGAAACCUCCUCAUCAUACUGAUUGCUCGGAAAAAAGACAAUCGCCAUUUGUCACCUUCCAUUUACAUGAUAGCCAUGGCUGUCGUGGACACCUUCGUCGAUAUCAUCGCACUGACCAUCAGCCCAUUCCUUUACGGUGAAGUAGUAAAAGAGAUGAGAGGACUGCAAUUCAUUCUAAUGUACGUUUCGAUGGUGAUCUGCGCCUCGCUAUCCGGAUUCUUUUUGGCCGCCAUGUCUAUUGACCGCGCCGUGGCCGUCCGCUUCCCGAUGGCGGCGCCAAGACUGUGCACAACCAGCAAAGCGAAGAAAGUCGUCCUCAUCGGAACGUUCAUCAUGACUGCGGCAAAUAGCAACCUGUUUUAUACCUACGAGUAUGUCAAAGAUCCAAUAAGUGGCCAUGAGAAUGUUAUCCUAAACGUCCCAGGCGACCCGGUAGGAAGCGAGGUUGCGUCAGCGUUCCAGAUGGUGACCGGGUCUAUCGUGCCCUUCGCCAUCAUCAUCACGUGCAACAUCAUCAUCAUCCUUACAGUCAAGGAAGCUACAAGGACACGGGCAGCCAUGAUGAAAUCUAGUUCCGAGUCUGACCAAAAGGGGGCGACACUGACCAGAAUGUUGAUAUUGUUGGGAAGGAAUGCCUUGACUGUGGCUGAAGAACAGGGACACAGGGAGAUAUCAGAUAUGCUGAAGAGUGCUAUCACGCGGCUAUGA